AUGGUCGAACAUAGCGAUAUUAUCGAUCAUUUUCCUCCAUUCAAUGUUCUCAAGUCAAAUUUAGAGGACCAUCGUGCAGAUCUUAUCUACCGCAAGCGUUUUGCUUUGGAAGCACGUGAAUCAGAUAUAAAUUCAGUAUUUUUUUAUUCUCUUGGUGGUGAUACAGCCACGUUCAAGAGGACGAAGCCUUUUCCUCCGUCACUUUGUAUGAGCUGUUCGGCUGAAUUUCGAAGUACAUCCGAGCUUCCAUCUCAAGACCAACUUCUUGAGCACAUGUUUUUUGAUCACAACAGAAAGACUUCGGUGACUAAUCGUUUCAUAUUUGAGGAACCCGGACUAUUCGAGCAAUGGAUUCGCGAGCUGCAAUGUCACAGCAAGUAUCGCCUCAAAAAAAUGGGCAUUCAUGAUGAGCACAUGUAUUACCUUUGUCAGAACGACGAUCGCCACUUUAAGUCCAAUCACGGUCGAUCGUCUCUUGUUUACAUGCACUGUACUGCUUUUAUCCGAGUGCAUGAUUGGAGGUUUUUGUCUGGAAUCAUGUUGAGCUUGGUUUUUUCUCAUCUUCUCUCACACUCAUCCACUUAUACAUGUUCAGCUUAUUAUCCGGCGUGA